UGUGUCCGGGUUGCCGCUAUGUGACGGAGCCCGGGGGGUCUAGCGGCUGCAUUCGGCUGCACGGGACGAGUGGGGACGGCAAGGACAAGGGUGAAGAGGGCUCCGAGUGUCACUGCUCACUGACUGAGGCAGAGAUUUAUAAACCAGUAAAACCAUGUCUGAAAGAAAAGCUGUCAUUAAGAAUGCUGACAUGUCUGAAGACAUGCAGCAGGAAGCUGUGGAAUGUGCUACCCAGGCACUAGAGAAGUUCAACAUUGAAAAAGACAUAGCAGCUUACAUCAAGAAGGAAUUUGACAAAAAGUACAACCCUACAUGGCAUUGUAUUGUGGGUAGAAACUUUGGCAGCUAUGUGACUCAUGAAACAAAACACUUCAUCUAUUUCUACCUGGGCCAGGUGGCCAUCCUCCUUUUUAAAUCUGGCUGAAGAGGCUUAACUAUUGGGUUUCCAAUGCAGUUGAUCCAAGUAAAAGACUACUUUAAUUAAAAGUAACUUCUGUUUUGACCAAUCUACAAACAGAAACGUGAGGAAGAAUGUGUCCAGUGUAAUUUCCAGCAUGGUGAAUCCAAAUUUUCAAGCUGCUUUCUUUCCUCCUCCUCCUCCCCCCCCCCCCCCCCCCCCCAGUCCUCCCACAAAGGGUCACUGAUGUUUUCUGGUGACUUGUAUUUAUUUUCUUUGUCUUAAUUUCCAACAUUUCCAAUUCAAUAAACAAGAUUUGAUACCA